UAACAUAAUAUAUUUUUCAUUUGACAGUGUCAUGGAUGUAAGGAAAGCUAUUCUUUUUGGUUUAACGACCAGUCCUAAAUAUAUUCCUGGCUGGUAUCGGUACGACGAGGAUGGGUCAAAGCUUAACGACAAGUGUUUGGAGGACACAGACUACUACGUUCACAGAAGUGAACUGAAUGUAAUGCAAACCAAAAUUGCGGCUAUGCUUGAACAUGACACACAAUAUACAGCGCUGGUUGAUAUGGGAAGCGGGAACUGUCAGAAAACACGUUUCUUCAUAGAUGAACUUUUGAAAUAUCAAGACAAGAUUCACUUUUAUCCCAUUGAUAUAUCUAAAGAGUUUUUGUUUGAAACCUGUGGCCGCCUGUCAGCGGAAUAUGCUGACAAACUCGACAUUACUCCUAUAGCAGCUGAUUACGAAAAUGGCAUCAACAAAGCCAGCAAGUGUCCGCACUCGAAACUCAUUCUUUGGUUCAGCAGUAUACAGUGUCUGGAAGCGGAGGAUCAAGUACGAAAACUACGACAGAUUAAAUCCGUGUUGACAGAUAAGUGCUGCCUGAUCUUUAGUGUGGACAUUACUCAGGAUAAAGAGUCUGUCAUGAAGGCAUACGGGGAUGUACAUGCCAUCAAUUUCUAUAUGAACUCUAUUCAACGGCUGAAACGGGAAGAGCUUUGUACUAUCAACCCUGACAAUUACAAAUUAGAGGUCCAGUUUGUCCAGGAAGAUUCACCCCACAAAAUGAGCUCUGUCCAGGUUCUCCUUAGAUCCCAGCUAAACAACUCGUUCAAACUACCCUUUCUCGGUAUUACAGUAGACAUGGCGGAGGGUGAACCCCUGUAUCUCCACGAAGGAGUCGGCAUCAGUCAUAAAUUCACCAUGCAGCAGGUCCAGAGGCUGGUUCAGGAGUCUGGAUUACGUCUUGUAGAAACGUGGCAGGAUGAUCAACACCAUGUCGUGUUCUGUAAAUGUAAAGCAUGAGGGUGUUUUACUCGUAUUUUGGAGAGAAAAGGAAAAGAGAAGUCAUGAAUUCGAACUGUAAAAAAGACUUGCUCCAGAAACCCAGAAAUACUGUUGUUUAUGUGUUACGAAACUGAAAAUGAAUAUGAAUUAUUCAUUUUUUGCUUGAACUGUUACAUUUCUAAAAUAUUGAGAAGGACUCCAACAUUCCUGACCGGAAAUGAUUUAUAGACUUAGAAAACAUAAGAAUUUAGACAAAGUACAAUGUACCUACAUGGUUGAAAAAAACAUUUAUGUUUAAUCAAAACUGGACUGAUUAAUUGACAAAAAAAUAUUGAUAGCUUCGCACGAAACUAUUAAACAAAAACAAAAACAAAAAACAUUUUAUCAAUCAUUGAAAUUAUGUCAAGAACCGGUAUGUUUGUAUCUGUCUAUCAUAUUGCUCAAAAUAUAUGAAAAGAAAGAUGAAAGAAAAGAAAAUGUAUCCAUAAACUGUAAACUUAAUUUAGUUAUGUAUAUAGACCAUGAUAUAGAGGAGAGAGAUUAUAUAAUGCAUGAGAAUAUAAUGUACGUGUUCAAUAUUCCUUGCAUUUCCAAAUGUAUACGCAAGAUACAUACUGUGACUUUGUGAUUUACUGAAUAUCUAUUACAGGUGUGCUAGGUUGAAAUAACUAUCGUCUUAAAAAAUGAUUUGGCAAAGAAGGCCAGACCGUCCUCCAAAUUACAUGCAUACACAACCAGAUAAGCUUAUGCAUAUACGUAACUCUUCGGCUACUUCAGUUGUAUUUUUAAUUAGGAGAACAUUUGUAAUGUUUGUCCUCAUUUAUAAAAAGGAGUAUAGAACAAAUUUCAUUUUAUUAGUUUGAUUUUUAAACUUUUUACAUAUAAUUUGUACGUACCGAAAGAAAUAUUGAAAUCGUCAAACCAUUUGUUUUGUUUUGAAGCACGGAAAUGUAACUAAUGAAUGCUUUGUUGUUGGUGGUGUCGUUGUUCAUGCAGGUAUUAUCAUUGAAAGCUACUUAUUAACAAAUAUUUUUUAAGGUUUGAAAUGCAUCUUUUUAACAUUUAUGAGGGUAUGCAACACAGUUCC